CCCAAACAAAGCUCCCGGCAACUUUGUCCGGGCUGCGCCCCGCCCGCCCGCGGCUCCCCAGCCCCAGGCCGGGAGGCCCAGAUGGGGGAACCCCGAGCUGGGGGCCCCCUGGACGACGGCAGUGGCUGGACAGGCAGCGAGGAGGGCAGCGAGUCCGGCACCGGUGGCAGCGAGGGGGCUGGGGGAGAUGGGGGCCCAGAUGCUGAGGGUGUCUGGAGCCCAGACAUUGAGCAAAGUUUCCAGGAGGCCCUGGCCAUUUAUCCCCCCUGUGGCCGCCGGAAAAUCAUCCUGUCAGACGAAGGCAAGAUGUACGGUCGGAAUGAACUGAUUGCCCGCUACAUCAAGCUGAGAACAGGGAAAACCCGCACCCGAAAACAGGUCUCUAGCCACAUCCAGGUCUUAGCUCGAAGGAAAUCAAGGGAGAUCCAGUCCAAACUGAAGGAUCAGGUCUGUAAGGACAAGGCUUUCCAGACCAUGGCUACGAUGUCCUCCGCACAGCUCAUCUCAGCACCUUCCCUUCAGGCCAAACUGGGUCCGGCUGGCCCCCAGGCCACUGAGCUUUUCCAGUUUUGGUCAGGGAGUUCUGGACCACCCUGGAAUGUUCCGGAUGUGAAGCCAUUCUCACAGACAGCAUUUUCCCUGUCACUGACGCCCCCAUCUACUGAUCUUCCAGGGUACGAGCCCCCCCAAGCCCUCUCACCCCUGCCCCCACCUGCUCCAUCACCGCCAGCCUGGCAGGCUCGGGCCCUGGGCACUGCUCGAUUGCAGCUGGUGGAAUUCUCUGCUUUUGUGGAACCCCCGGAUGCAGUGGACUCUUACCAGAGGCACCUGUUCGUUCACAUCAGCCAGCACUGUCCCAGCCCGGGAGCGCCGCCACUGGAGAGUGUGGAUGUCCGGCAGAUCUAUGACAAAUUCCCUGAGAAAAAGGGCGGGCUGCGGGAGCUGUAUGACCGCGGGCCUCCCCAGGCCUUUUUCCUGGUCAAGUUUUGGGCGGACCUGAACUGGGGCCCAAGUGGCGAGGAGGCGGGGGCUGGCAGUGGUGGCAGCAGCGGUAGCAGCUUCUAUGGCGUAAGCAGCCAGUAUGAGAGCUUGGAGCACAUGACCCUCACCUGCUCCUCCAAAGUCUGCUCCUUUGGCAAGCAGGUGGUGGAGAAGGUGGAGACAGAGCGGGCCCAGCUGGAGGAUGGGCGGUUCGUGUACCGCCUGCUGCGCUCGCCCAUGUGCGAGUACCUGGUGAACUUUCUGCACAAGUUGCGGCAGCUGCCAGAGCGCUAUAUGAUGAACAGCGUCCUGGAGAAUUUCACCAUCCUCCAGGUGGUGACAAACAGGGAUACCCAGGAGCUGCUGCUCUGCACUGCCUAUGUCUUCGAGGUCUCCACCAGUGAGCACGGUGCCCAGCACCACAUUUACCGCCUGGUCAGGGACUGAAGGGGGGACCCCAGAACCCCUGCCAGCAUGGACCCUUCAGCCCUCCCCAUGCUCUGUAUUUGGGGAAGGGCUCAAUGAAAAGGGGCUGACCUCAGAUGCCUGAGCAGCUGGGACUGUCCCCAAUUAGAAGGGACCCUUGCUCAGUGGCUGGGAUGGAAGACAGACCCCAAUAUUGAGACCUCACAGGAGGUGUGUGGGAAAAGGACAGAUCACUCCAAAGCUUUGGGGACUGGGGACUGGAGCAGCCUCAGAAAGAGUCCAUACAACCUCUUCUGGAAGUUUUUUGGGGGAGCCCUAGUUACACACUGGCUUGCUCCUUUCUGUUUUCCAGUUUCUCCCCUCCCCACAUUAUCUGCCUCCACCUCCUUUCUGUGAUCUGUGAUGUCACAAAUUGGAAGAUUAACCCCUUCUGUGCAGGAAAUAUUUUUUUUAAUAUAACAAGAUAUUUAUAUGUGGGUGUUGGGGUCAUGACUUAUCUCAGCGAGCAAAUGGGUGAGACUCUCAGAUGUCACCCUUUAAGGGGAAGGCUAGGCCCUUUCCCUUCCCGAAGCAUGUUGAUUUGUUUUCUGACGGCAGAUAAAGCUAUUUUACCAAAACA